GCGACUUGGCCUUGGGGCUGGGCGGCGCGGGGCUCUGGCUCGUAGGCCCGGAGCGGCACCAUGAAGACCAUCAAGAAGGAAUCCCGCGUCAGAAUCCCAACGGGCAGGUUCUUGGACCCCGCGGAGAACGUCAAAGAAAAGAAGCGAGCGAAGGCUGCUGAACAGCCCACACCCCCCAUUCAGGAAGAGCCCGAGCCUGUCAUCAGUGUUCUCCAAGGAGACGACAUUCUUGCCUUGGCCAUUAAGAAGGAAGACUUGCAGAAGCAACACAUUCCUCAACCUACAGAAACAGGCCAUAAGCCUGCCAUUUCCCAGAAAUUUAUCAUCCGAAAGCUCAAACCCAAGGUUUCGAGCAGGAAAGUCUGCCACUUAAUAGCACAUCCUACAAACCCAGAUGUAGCCGCAAAGCCCAUAGACUACUCUGGUCCUGUAAAUAACUUUUAUGGCAGUGAGAAGAUUCUUCCUCACCACAUCCUGGGGACUCUCCAGGACUUUAAGAGAAUUGCACUUGCUCGAGGGAACACCCAGCUUGCGGAGCUGAUGCACACACAGCCCUGCGUGAUGACUCUCAUCUCGGCAAAAGCAGAACCAAAGCCAAAGGUUCAGAAGGAUGAGAAGAGACCCCCCUGGGCCCCGCCUCCUCAGCACAACUUCCUGAAGAACUGGAAGCGCCAUGUCUCUGGGUGGAAGAAGCAGCAGGAAGCCCUCAGCGAGCACCUGCAGAAGCCGGUCGCUGAGCUGCUGAUGAAUGCUGGAGAAACCUACAGAAAGAUCCAGGAGGAGCGGGAGCUCAUUGAUCGUGCACUUCCAACGCAGCAUGACAGGAAAGGGUAUAAUAAGACCAGUGGGUUCUGGAAUCCACUCGACUACCUGGGAGAUGAGAUGACAGGUCUGCUCAUGACCAAGACCAAAACUCAGCAGGGCCUGGCGGAGCCCAUCACGCACAUCAGAAAGCCCCGCUGCAUCCAGGUGGAGACGGGAUUAUCAGCCCAGAAGGAUGCUUGGUAUCGCUACACCUGGGACCGGAGUCUGUUUCUAGUCUACCGACGGAAGGAGCUACAGAGCAUCCUUGCUGAGCUGGAUUUCAGCCCGCAGGAUAUUGAUGGCCUGGAGGUUGUGGGCCAUGGACAGCCCUUCUCGUCUGUCACAGUAGAAGAGGGUGUGACAUUUGAAAAGGACCAGGAGAGCUCCUCUGAAGACACAGAUCACCUAGACUCGCUGACCAGCAUCCCUGAGGGGGUCCCCAUGCCUGUUCUUGGCCCUUCACUGCUGUUCUGUGGGAAACCAGCUUGCUGGAUCAGAGGCAGUAACCCAGAGGACAAGAAAAGCAUCGGAAUUGGUGUUCGCUUGACCUUUGAAACUCUUGAAGGGGAGAAAACAUCUUCAGACCUGACGGUGGUCAAUAACGGCACUGUGGCCAUUUGGUAUGACUGGCGACGGCAACCCCAGCAGGACUGUUUCCGAGACCUGAAGAAAAACAGGAUGCAGCGGUUUUACUUUAAUAACCGGGAAGGUGUAAUUCUGCCUGGGGAAACGAAACAGUUCACCUUUUUCUUCAAGUCUUUGGUUGCUGGCAUCUUUAGGGAAUCUUGGGAGUUCAGGACCCACCCCAUCCUUCUGGGAGGUGCUGUCCUGCAGGUCACUCUCCAUGCAAUCUCCCUUACCCAGGACAUUUUUAGAGAUGAGAGGAAGUUGCUGAAGAGCAAGCUGUCUGCCCAUGAGGCAGUCACCAUUGUGCAGAGCGUGCUGCAGGAGCUGUUGAGGGGGAUCUUGACUCCAGAGCGCACUGCGUCCCCCAUGGAUGCCUAUCACACUGAGGAAGACUUGUUCCGCCACAGGAAUCCUCGGCUGCAUUACCAGCAUCAAGUGGUACAAGACCUCUGCCAGCUAUGGGACCAGUAUAUAACCACGCCUCUCAAGGCUGAGGAGACCCAGGCAAACCAGGGGGAACCCCGGUACUUAAGGUCCCAGCUGGCAGCGGCCUUGGCCAACACUGGGCAGUUGAACCUCACGCAUCCAAUCCUGGAGCCUUCGCCUCCCUGGCAGGAGAUGGAGGCCCUCGGGGACUCCCGAACUGCCUCCCUGUCUCAGAAGCCUGGCACAGGCACCAAGAAUUCUUUACCGACGAGCAUCAUGGAAAAGAUUCUGGUGGAGGAGAACCCAGACAUGGAGAGGACAAGGACACCUCAGGAGUGGGAAAGCUUGCCCUUGCCCAAGUGGAACUUCUGUCUGGAGGACUUCAGAAAGGUGCUUCUGAGACCCAGAAGGGGUUGGUGGAGAAUAACCUUCAAUAACUGUGUACAUUGCUUCUGCCUGGAACCAGUGGGGUCAGCUCCAGAAACCUCCCACAGUUUGUGGGCAGACACAAGACCUUCCGAGGGCCCAGAGGAAGUAGUGCUGACCCUCCCUGAGGAGCCCCAGAGAGAGGCCGCCCUAAUCCGGCUCAACAAGGCAGCCUUGGAACUGUGCCAGGAACAGAAGCCGUUGCAGUCAGACCUUCUGUACCAGAUGUGGGAAGCCAGACCUUCAUGUGAGCACUGGCACAGUGCGGGGAGGAUGCGGGCUGCUUGGCGACAUGGCAUUCCAUCGGCGGUUCCCAGCACUGAGAUCUUUAAAGGCCUUGAGGCACCUGAGCCUCUUGAGGUUCAAGGACGGCCGAAGGAUCAAAAGUCCCCUCACGUCACGGAAGUGAAGGUGACCACUGGGAAAGCUGGGAAGGAGGAGCGGAAAGUGGCCACCCAAGAGAAAAAGCAAUUGGGAAUCAGAGACAAAGACAAUAAAAAAGGGGCCAAGAAUCCAGGGAAAGAGCAGGACCGUGCCAAUAGCAAGAAACAGAAGGUGAAAGAGGACAAAAAAGUAGUGAAGUCUGUAAGCCGGAGCAGGCUUUCCUCAGAAGAUCCUACCCCUGACAUCAUCACCCCGUCUCAGGAGCCCACCGUCGAUCCUUUGGUCUUGGACAAAUACACCCAGAGGCUGCAAACUGAGGUCUAUGGGCUUCUGGACAACCUGGUGACUGAUCUGAUGGCCUUGGCUGACGAGCUCAGCCCCAUAAUGAGCACCGAGGAGCCUCUGCGCCUUUGCAGCUGACUCUUGGCCUAAGUAACCUCCCAGGAAAAUGCUUAACAAGCACAUCAAUAAAGAACCUUUAGGUUCCUACUACUUUGA